GCGAGCGCUGGACAGGAGAUGUAGGCCUCCGGCUUACUAACGCGACCCAGACAACAUCUGGCCGAAACCGACGAGCCUCCAGCCGCCACACAUCGACGCCGAACCGGGACUGUUCGUCACGCGCUCCCCGGCGCGUUUUCCGAGCUGCUGUCGUUCCUUAAACAGGCAUCACCAGCCUACCUGUCAAAGCAGUCCGUCACGGAGGUGAUCGCUGCAGCUUUUACGUGACGAUGACUCUGGAGGAUGAUCUGACAGCCGCUGCGGCGAGAGGAAACGCGGCAGAUGUGGAGUAUCUCCUGCAGGCCGGAGCUGAAGUUAACGGGCUGAACAGUUUUGGACGAACCGCUCUGCAGGUGAUGAUGAUGGGGAGCACGCCGGUGGCUCAGGUGUUGCUGAAGCACGGAGCGGAUCCCAACGUGGCGGACAGAAGCACCGGGACCACCCCGCUGCACGACGCGGCCAGGACCGGCUUUCUGGACACCGUGCGGCUCUUGGUGGCCUUCCUGGCUGACCCGCAGGCCAGGGACAACAGAGACUGUCGGCCUGUUGAUGUGGCCAGAGCCAGCGGCCACACAGGUGUGGUGGCUUUCCUGGAGUCCCUGUGAGAGGGACGCUGCCGGUCCCUGCUGCUGGCUCUGAGGAGGACUCGGGGCCUUAAGAGGCCCGCAGCUGAAAUUAUGCACAUCUACAGAUUUGCUGUAAAAUCUAUUUAUUUGUCUAUUUUUGCUGAGUAAGCAUUAUUGUUUUUGUUUUUAUUUUUUAACGAAAUCAGGGUUAUUUAUUGGCAGGGGCUCGCGCUCUGAGCAGCCUGAAUCCCACUUCGGAAAGUGUACAGUUUUAUUAUUUGUACAGCGGAUCGUAUUUUUAAAGCAGGAUCAUUGCUGGUUUUCGUCAUAAACCGACAGAAAUGACCGUAUUUUGAAUGUUUCCAUAUCGAAUAAUUAACCAAAUAACACAAAAGCCAUUGAAAAUAUUUUUUGCACAUGUGAACAUUAGUGUCUAACCGACGCCCUGUUCUGAAAACACUUUUAUUGUGCAGACUCGGAGUCACGUUUCCUGUUCAUCACAUUCAGACGUCGGAGAUUAUGCAAUUUAUUAAGACGCAUUUUAAAUGUUUAAGAUUAGAAGCAAAUUUAAUAUUGCUGUACUUCCCAUACUGUUUGACGGAUGGAUUUGUGGUACCGGAGAAUUUAAAAAAAUUAAAUGAAUAAAAACAAAUCGCGUUUGAAAUCAUUCGGCCGGAAACAAACGAUGAAACAAACAAAGAAAUUAUCAUCGCGGGACAUUUAAUCUUCAUCAGUUGGCUGAUUUGCUUUUGUUUGACAGGCUUUGAGCUCAGAGACGGAGCAGACUCACGUCAGAAGCUUUUUUCUAACACCGCCAGGUAAACAGGUGACAGGCUCGUGAUCAUGAUCCGGCCUCAGGUGACUUCACAGGUAACCGCCAAUUAGAUCAAGGCUGAUGGAAUCAUUUAGGUUUGUGUGUGUGUGUGUGUGUGUGUGUGUGUGUGUGUGUGUGUGUGUGUGUGUGUGUGUGUGUGUGAACCGUUUGAGGUGACCGGUUUAAAAGUCCUCGUACAUAUAUUAAAUAUUAUAAUCCAGAGGCUGUAUUUUAGCUUGUGUUGGAUAAUUCUGUAUAAAAAUGACGUGUUCAUAUGAAGCAGCUCAGUUUUUAUUUGUGUCCUGCAUGAGGAGGUAACAGCUCCCGUUAAUGUGUCGCUUCCUGGCAGCAGACUGAGGAGGAAGAGGAGCAGGACGAGGAGGAGAAAAUCAUUAUGAAUAAACCACCGUGAUCCACAUCAGAGGAUUCACAUCUGCGCUUUGGGCAGUUAAACAUUAAGCCGAGCAGUUUUUAUGGCUUAAUGAAACCAAAGUGAGGUUUGACCACAGAAAAUUCCCCAAAACCACAAACGACACUGUCGUUUCGUGUCUUUUCAGACGGACUUUAACUGCACAGCCUCACAGGCCGCUUUCACCCGACAGUAAAUGAUGCUCAUCAGAAAUCAAACAGGAGGCUGGAAAAACGGAUCUGCUGUGAAUAUUCAUGCUUCAAGACCAGAAAUUUACAUCUGAAUUUAGUUCUAAUAUAAAUGCACUAUUACUUCAUAUUCUUUUUUUUAUUAUUAUUUUUCCUUGAUUGCACUGGAGGCUUUUUGCUCACUGUGAUAAAUAAUAACCACUGAAUCUGAAC